AUUAAAUAUAUCAAUAUCUUAUGGACAUACCUAAAAGAACAGAAAAUAGACCUCCCAAACUUCCUGUACCUAAAUUCAGAUUAAUAGGUGCAGGAACUGAUACACCGGAUUUCCUUCCUCCUCCAAAAUCUGAAUAAUCUUCCAAUGUUGCAUUAUCCUUGGAUAAUAUGUCUGAAACUUCAAUCGAAGAAACUAAUGAAUCUUACUUUGCAAGAAAGAGAUAUUCUGCUAUCGUAGAAGAAAUAAAAAGUCAGCUAGCUUUACUAGGAUUGAGUGAAGAACUUUUAAAAAUAGGGAUCAUGUUAUUAAGACCUGAAUUACUUGAUGGAUUGAAGUAAAAAAAAUACAAUGCUAUUGCAAUCGCAAUUAUCAUAGCCGCUCUUAAAUAAGUUAAUACACCGAUAACAUUAAAAGAACUUUUAUCAAAAACCUCUGUUUCUGAAAAAUAAAUCAAGAAAAUUCUUUAAAAAAUUAAUAGUUCAUAUAAUUUUGAAGCUAUAGUAUAAUCAUUUAUCAGAUAAAUAUCAAGUUCUCUUGGUCUAAAUGAAAGAUUUAUAAGUUAUUGUUUCUAAAUGUUUAACGAAAUAAAACAAAGAAAUCUAAUAUAAGGGGAACAUGAAAAUGUCAUAGCUGGAGCUAUUAUUAAACUGUGUGGAGACAUUGUAUUUGCUGAUAAAGGAGGAAUAGUAGCAUAAGUCAUAGCAGAUCAUUCUAAGUGCAGUCUGGGACCUUUAAGAAAUUUUCUGAAAAAAAUUGAAUCGAACUUGUCACUUGGUUUUUAAAAUUAGAAGGACAAAUGA